AUGGGUGUCGAGUGGCCGCGCCCUGGGUUUGACUCCACGGUGAGGACGCAGAAGCUCCCGCAGCAGGGUUUUGCCUCUGGACCGGGCAGGUCGGUGCUCUUGGCUGAGCCGCAGAGAAGAAAGCAGCAGCGCUUCGUGGACAAGAACGGGCGGUGCAACGUGCAGCACGGCAACCUGGGCGGCGAGACCAGCCGGUACCUGUCGGACCUCUUCACCACGCUGGUGGACCUCAAGUGGCGCUGGAACCUCUUCAUCUUCGUCCUCACCUACACGGUGGCCUGGCUCUUCAUGGCUUCCAUGUGGUGGGUGAUCGCCUACAUGCGGGGGGACCUGAACAAGGCGCACGACGACAGCUACACCCCCUGCGUGGCCAACGUCUACAACUUCCCCUCCGCCUUCCUCUUCUUCAUCGAGACCGAGGCCACCAUCGGCUACGGGUACCGCUACAUCACGGACAAGUGCCCCGAGGGCAUCAUCCUCUUCCUCUUCCAGUCCAUCCUGGGCUCCAUCGUGGACGCCUUCCUCAUCGGCUGCAUGUUCAUCAAGAUGUCCCAGCCCAAGAAGCGGGCCGAGACGCUGAUGUUCAGCGAGCACGCCGCCAUCUCCAUGCGCGACGGCAAGCUCACCCUCAUGUUCCGGGUGGGCAACCUCCGCAACAGCCACAUGGUCUCGGCACAGAUCCGCUGCAAGCUGCUCAAAUCCCGCCAGACCCCGGAGGGCGAGUUCCUGCCGCUCGACCAGCUGGAGCUGGACGUGGGCUUCAGCACGGGGGCCGACCAGCUUUUCCUCGUGUCCCCGCUCACCAUCUGCCACGUGAUCGACGCCAAGAGCCCCUUCUACGACCUGUCCCAGCGCAGCAUGCAGACGGAGCAGUUCGAGAUCGUCGUCAUCCUGGAGGGCAUCGUGGAGACGACGGGGAUGACGUGCCAAGCCAGGACAUCCUACACCGAGGAUGAAGUCCUCUGGGGUCAUCGGUUCUUCCCUGUUAUCUCCUUGGAAGAGGGGUUCUUUAAAGUCGAUUACUCCCAGUUCCACGCGACGUUUGAGGUGCCCACCCCACCGUACAGCGUGAAGGAGCAGGAGGAGAUGCUGCUCAUGUCCUCGCCCUUGAUAGCGCCCGCUGUGAGCAACAGCAAGGAGAGGAACAACUCGGUGGAGUGCCUGGAUGGUCUCGACGAAGUUGGCACAAAACUACCUUCAAAACUGCAGAAAAUAACUGGGAGGGAAGACUUCCCCAAAAAACUCCUCAGGAUGAGUUCCACCACCUCUGAGAAGGCCUACAGCAUGGGGGAUUUACCCAUGAAACUCCAGCGGAUCAGCUCGGUCCCCGGGAAUUCCGAGGAGAAACUGGUGUCUAAGACCACCAAGAUGAUGUCGGAUCCCAUGAGCCAGUCGGUGGCCGACCUGCCGCCCAAGCUGCAGAAGCUAUCGGGCGGCGGCAGGAUGGAAGGGAACCUUCCACCCAAGCUGCGAAAAAUGAACUCGGAUCGGUUCACAUAACCCGGC